UUGGAUAGAACUGGGAUUGUUUUGUUGUUAAAGGAUCAGCUUUGCACAGAACCAUUGUCGGCGUACUAUGUGCAGCAGGCACUCGCUACACUUUGAGGAGCAAACUUAGGGUCGAAUUUGCGUAACAAAGAGGUCUUGCCGAUGCUGUUCAUUACAGUUAGAUUCCUGCAGCAAAUGAUCUGUGAAAUUUGGUCCUGUAAGCGGGGUAGGUUUGGUUGGUCAUGCUGUUGUUUGAUCUUCAUUCAGAAUGUGGUCUGAUGGAAGAAACAAGGUGCUGUUGCAAUAGUUUUGGUACUACUUCACAAGAAACACCUGCGGUGGACCUGUGGCUUUUGUGAUUCUCUGCACGUCAGUUGUGAGCUGCAGUUUGGAAACAGCUCAACAUACUGUUCACCGAUUGGUAUUUCACAUGUGCUGCUGAAAUCAACUUUGGCAGUUCAUUGUUCUCGGAAGGGAACAUGACAACAACUUUCAUUUCUUUCAGGUUGAACUUGAUUUGAUUGUCUGAUAAGAUGCAUAGUAAAUUGGCUUUAUGUUCUAGUGUUUGGUUGUGUUCACUAUCCAGUCAUCAUGUACUCACUUAACGUCCCAUGGCAUCCAUGCAAUUAAAAAUCUCAUCUGUUGAUGUGAGUGCCAUAAUUUGCUUACUCUGUCAGUACUCCUUAAAUUGCAGGCUAGAUUUUUUUUUUCUGUUUCCCGCCAAUGGUUUGUUAAAACAUGAUGCAACCUUCUUGCCUGUAACCAUGUUCUGGCUGUAUUUUUGGUGCAUAUGAUCAGUUUAUUCUCUGGUAACAAUUGUAGCAGCUUUUCUUUGCACAUGAUUUGGCCAUCCGAAUGUAAGUUGUUUCUUUUGCCUUUUGGAUUGUACACUUAGCCAUUUUUGCGUCAAGGUGAGUCCUAAAACAUGUUUUACUGUGCUACCUUGGCCACCCAAUAAUUUAAUUCAUUGCAGCCAGUAAACUGUGUGUUAAUAGUUGGUAACUUUUGUGAUGAAAUGUGAGCGGAGAUGAAUCUCCAGAUUUGCUUGUGGUGCAUCACUGCAUUGUGUAGUGCUCAUUGACUGAUAUUUGGAGGAUAGCUGCUGAAACAAUUUUUUUAUGUUAGCACUUAUCACAACCAGCACCCUCCUUUGACUCGUGUUUCAUGCUGUCUGGGGUCUUCAUGUGUUCUUUAUGUGAUUAGAAGAAGUGAGCUUAUCUGCCAGACCAGCAUGCCAGUGCUUCAGACAUUUGUGACAGGCCUGCAGAGUAACUCACUACUCCCUUACAGUGGGAUUUAAUAGCGGAUCUACCUACUGAACUGGUUUAUAUUUAUAGACAUAGUAUGCUAUGAUAUGAACCUUUGAUCUUGAGGCACAGUUGGUUGGUAAUAUUUCCGUGGCAAAGGAAGUUGCUUGCUUCAACUUAUAGUCGGUUAAGCGGUUUAGUUGGUAUGAGAUGUGCAGUGAGGAUUGAAACACCAGAGGAUUUCCAGAGGAAUCUGGUAAGUAGGGGUCACGGUCAAAAAAUUAGAUGCGGUAGCAGCCAGCAUUGUUGGUUUGAGCAGACAGAGUUACUUUUUUAGGUCCAGAAAUGCCCAGAUGUUCAUCUGCUCUACUGCUUGUCAGUGACAAAGCGCUUUGCUGUCUGGGAUAUAUUCAGUUACAGAGCUAGUUACAGUUACACUUGGCUAUGUGACAGUUUUGAUUCAUUAUGUUGAAUAACUGAAAUUCUGGAAUAACCUAAUCCGAAUGCUGCUCCAAAGAUCAUGCUGGAGAGGCACACAAACCGCCACCGUGGGUUUGGCUUUGUGACGUUCUCAGAUCCACGGGCAGUCGAGAGUGCUAUUAGUGAGAUGCACACCAAAGAGUUAGAUGGACGGACCAUUUCAGUGAACAGGGCGGAGCCUAAGAUGAAUACAGAUGACACAAGGUACAGCAGUGGCGGCGACCGUGGUGCUGACCGUGGGGAUUAUCGUGGUGGUAAGGGUGAUGGCCCACCCCCUGGCAAUUGCUAUCAGUGUGGUCGUGCUGGUCAUUGGGCUCGUGACUGCCCUAAUCCUGCUGGAGGUCGUUCUGGGCAAUUAUCUUCCAAGUUCAGUGGCGGUGGUGGCAGGGGAGACCGUUUUUCUGGAUCAGAUAGGUUUAGUGACCGUUACAUGGAUGAUCGUUAUGAUGGUGGCCGUUAUGGAUACCGUGACCCUAUUGAUAACAGAGAUAGGUAUGAUGGGGGCCGUGAUCGUUAUGCCAGUGACCGUUACCCAUCUGGUGGUGAUCGCUUUGGUGCAGACAGGUAUGGAGGUCCAGACCGUUAUCAGCCAAGUGGUUAUGGUAGGGAGCGAGAGAGAAGCUACGAGAGAGAUGCAGUGCGUGGCGGUGCUGCUUUUGACAGGAGUGGCCCAAGAGGUGGUGCAAGUUAUGACAGGGAUGGCCCAAGGGGCGGCAUUGGUGGUGGCUAUGACAGGGAUGGUCCACGUGGAGGCGGUGCUGACAACUAUGUUAGUGGAGGACCUGCUCGCUAUGAUGGAGGAAGUUACAGGGACAGACCUGGGCCAUAUGACCGUCCCAGCAGGGGAGGACGCUAUGAGGAUCGCUUCUAACGAUCUUUUACAGUCAAGUUAUGUAUUUGUGUUUUAGUGUUUUCAGUUUGGCAUGGCGUGAAUGCUUAAUGACUGGCACAGUUAUUAUCUAUUAUGUAUUACAACUGGCACUUGAACUGGUGUAACACCCACUGGCUAAAUUUUUCCAGCAUACACUUUUCAUGAUGAGUUUAAUUGUCAUUUCCCGGUU